AUGUCCUGGGAUGAACUGAAGGAGAAGAUGAGAGAGAAGUAUUUCUCUCGUGCUGAACUCCAGAGGUUGGAGACUGAGUUUUGGCAUCUGACCAUGGAAGGUGCAGACAUCACUGGUUAUACUCGAAGGUUCCAUGACUUAUCUAGAGUGCUUCCCUACAUGGUGACUCCUGAGUUUAAGCGCGUUGAACGCUACAUCUGGGGAUUGGCCCCGGAAUUUCGUAGUUUGGAUUUUCCUCAAGUGUUUCCUGAAGAUUUACCUGGUUUACCUCCUCAUCGUCAAGUCGAGUUUCAGAUUGAGUUAGCUCCUGGAGCAGCACCAAUAGCCCGCGCACCGUAUCGUUUAGCUCCAACCGAACUGGAAGAACUGUCGAAGCAGCUACAAGAGCUCUUGGAAAAGGGCUUUAUUCGUCCAAGCUCUUCGCCUUGGGGAGCUCCAGUGUUAUUUGUGAAGAAGAAAGACGGUACGUUCAGGAUGUGUAUCGGCUACCGUGAACUCAACAAGGUGACGGUGAAGAACCGUUAUCCUCUUCCACGCAUAGAUGACUUAUUCGACCAGUUGCAAGGGUCGUGUUACUAUUCCAAGAUCGAUUUGAGGUCAGGGUAUCAUCAGCUGAGAGUCCGGGAUGAGGACGUCUCCAAAACUGCUUUCAGAACUCGCUACGGUCACUACGAGUUUCUGGUCAUGCCAUUCGGGCUUACAAACGCACCUGCAGUCUUCAUGGAUCUCAUGAACAGGGUGUGCAAACCGUAUCUCGACAAGUUCGUCAUCGUUUUCAUCGACGACAUUUUGAUUUACUCCAAGAGUCAGGAGGAGCAUGAGCAGCAUCUACGUAUUAUCUUGGAACUUCUUCGAAAAGAGCAACUGUACGCAAAGUUUUCAAAAUGCGACUUCUGGCUUCGUGAAGUCCACUUCUUAGGCCAUGUGGUGAACAAGGAUGGGAUUCAUGUCGAUCCAUCCAAGGUUGAUUCGAUCAGAAACUGGCCAGCACCACGUACACCGACGGAAAUACGCCAAUUCUUGGGUUUGGCGGGUUACUACAGGCGAUUUAUUAAAGACUUCUCCAAGAUCGCGCAACCACUUACUAUGCUAACACAGAAAGGUGUCGUUUACAGAUGGGGUAAUACGCAAGAGAUCGCUUUCCAGUACUUAAAGGAUAGGCUUUGCAGCGCACCUAUUCUUUCAUUGCCAGAGGGCACGGAUGACUUCGUGGUCUAUUGUGACGCAUCGAUACAGGGGCUUGGUUGUGUAUUGAUGCAACGUGAUAAAGUGAUAGCCUACGCUUCUCGGCAACUCAAGGUUCAUGAACGGAACUACACGACGCACGAUUUAGAGCUGGGAGCUGUUGUUUUCGCGCUUAAGAUAUGGCGACACUACCUGUACGGUACCAGGUGCACGAUUUACACCGAUCACAGGAGUCUCGAGCAUAUCCUUAAGCAAAAAGAUUUGAAUAUGCGUCAACGAAGAUGGGUUGAACUACUGAACGACUACGAAUGUGCCAUCAAGUAUCAUCCAGGGAAGGCCAAUGUUGUGGCUGAUGCCCUCAGUGAACUUGUGAUGGAUGAAGCGCACAAGUCUCGCUACUCGGUACAUCCAGGGUCGGAUAAGAUGUACCACGAUAUCAGAACAACUUAUUGGUGGCCAAACAUGAAAGCUCUUAUCGCAACUUACGUCGGCAAGUGUUUAACUUGUGCAAGGGUUAAAAUCGAGUACCAGAAACCAUCAGGCCUACUUCAGCAACCAGAAAUACCACAAUGGAAAUGGGAGCAAAUUUCCAUGGAUUUUGUUACUGGCCUACCUAGAUCCCAGCGUGGGAAUGACACUAUCUGGGUGGUCGUUGAUCGGCUCACAAAGUCUGCUCACUUCUUGGCUAUCAAAGAAAAGGAUAAGUUUUCUACCCUAGCAGACAUCUACAUGAAAGAAGUUGUUUCGAGGCACGGAGUGCCCAUCUCUAUUAUUUCAGAUCGCGAUGCACGAUUCACGUCAGAACUUUGGCAAGCGAUGCACAAAUCUUUUGGCUCACGAUUAGACAUGAGCACAGCAUAUCAUCCUCAGACGGAUGGGCAGUCUGAGCGAACUAUUCAAACUCUAGAAGACAUGCUUCGAGCGUGUGUCAUCGAUUUCGGCAACGGCUGGGAAAAGCACCUCCCUUUGGUGGAGUUCUCGUAUAAUAACAGUUACCAUACCAGCAUUCAAGCCGCUCCAUUCGAGGCAUUGUACGGACGUAAAUGCCGGUCACCUCUCUGUUGGGCAGAGGUGGGGGAUAGUCAGAUUACGGGUCCAGAUAUUGUUGUGGACGCCACAGAAAAGAUAGCACAGAUACGACAACGCAUGGCGGCAGCACGCGACCGUCAGAAAGCCUACGCGGACAAGCGUAGAAAGCCAUUGGAAUUUGAGGUCGGGGACCGGGUCUUAUUGAAAGUUUCACCCUGGAAGGGUGUGGUUCGUUUUGGUAAAAGAGGCAAAUUGAAUCCGCGGUACGUCGGACCAUUCGAAAUCUUAGAAAAGAUUGGCAAGGUAGCCUACAGAUUAAACCUACCUCCUGAACUCGGUGCAGUUCACAAUGUAUUUCACGUGUCCAAUCUGAAGAAAUGCCUAUCAGAUGAGACCCUUAUAGUUCCUUUUAAGGAACUCACUAUCGACGAGCGGUUGCAGUUCGUCGAGAAACCAGUUGAAAUCACGGACCGGGAUGUUAAGGUCCUCAAAAACAAGAGAAUCCCUCUUGUUCGAGUUCGUUGGAACUCCCAGCGUGGCCCGGAGUAUACAUGGGAACGCGAAGACCAGAUGAAAGAAAAGUACCCCCAGUUA